CUGCUCUCCUUGAUACUUUCCUCAAGGAGGGCAGCUCUGUGCAGCUUUUGGCGACUGUGCUGUGGGCUGCAGUGAGCAGCAGACUCAGUGCUUUCUAUUUUCGUGGAAACUUUGGCCCUGGUUAUUUUACAGCAGAAACUCUUUGGAGCUGUGGUCAUGGACGAGUUCAUCUCAGCCUUCCUGAAGAAUGCUUCUGGAAAGAAUUUCCAAAAACUGGCCGUGGAAUUCCUGCCUCAUUACUCUGCAUUAACCAGUAAGGCAGGAGGUAUGCUCUCUCCAGAAACUGUUGGCUGUAUUCAAAAGGCCCUCCAGGAGGGAAAACUGAGUGAUUUGGUAGGCCAGAUUCAGGAAGUACUGGCUGCCGCAGAAAACGCUUCCUUGGCGAUCGCUGUCAUUGGGGAGUCUGGGGCUGGCAAGUCCAGCUUCAUAAAUGCCCUUCGAGGGCUGAGCCACGAAGCAGAGGAGUCAGCUGCUGUUGGGACUGUAGAGACCACUAUGUACAGAACCCCCUAUCAACAUCCGAAAUAUCCCCAAGUGACCUUCUGGGACCUGCCUGGGACCGGGACUCCCAAGUUCCUUCCAGAAACUUAUCUAGAAAAAGUGGAAUUUGCUAGCUAUGACUUCUUCAUCAUCAUUUCUUCCUCUCGGUUCAGCGUCAAUGAUGCUCUCCUGGCCCAGAAAAUCAAGGAUGUGGGGAAGAAAUUCUACUUUGUUAGAACCAAAGUGGACAGUGACUUAUAUAACGAAGAGAAAACCAAACCUACAACCUUCAAAAAGGAGAAGGUCCUCCAGAAGAUCCGAGACUACUGUCUGGCUAAUCUCAGUGACAUUGGAGUGUCUGAACCACGCAUCUUCUUGAUCUCCAACUUUGAUCUGGCUGACUUUGAUUUCCCAAAGCUGGAGGAAACUUUACUGAUGGAACUCCCCGGGCACAAGCGCCAUACGUUCGCUCUGCUGUUGCCCAAUAUCUCUGAUGCUUCCAUUGAGAUAAAGAGGAAUUUUCUCAAGGAGAAGAUCUGGCUGGAGGCCUUGAAGUCAUCAGCUCUGUCUUUCAUCCCCUUCAUGCCCUUCUUGAGUGGCUUCGAUUUGCCUGAACAGGAACAGUGCUUGAAGGAUUAUCGAUCGUAUUUUGGCUUGGAUGACAAAUCAGUUGAAGAGAUUGCUGCACAGCUGGGCACAUCUGUGGAAGACAUCAGGGGCUCCCUCAAGUGCUUGGAUUUCUGGUCCCUUGUAAAAGAUGACAGCAUAGCAGCAAAAAUCAUGAAGUGUGCUGAGUCUUUUUCUGCUGUGGAAGGAGGUCUUGGGUCUUCUGUCUUCCAGGGUUUGAAAGUCUACAUUCUACGGUUAAAAUUCCUUGACACAGUGGCUAAUGAUGCUAAGUGUCUCUUGAAAAUGAUAUGAACAGGAAAUAUUGCCUAGCUAAACAGUACAUGAAUUUCAGGGCUUGUGUGUCCAAGCUGGGAAUGGGGGUGUCCUUCCUCCAAACUCCCAGGCCGGCUCUUCCCUAAGAUGUUUGUCCAGUGAAGGAAGUCCAUUGCUAUCCUUUGGAAAUCACUGUUGUGCGUGAGUUGUUUUGUGACCAUAGCCUCUUUUCUCGGUCCGUGGUUUGUUAUGUUUGAUCUCCAGCAGUAACACAUCACCUGCUUUUAAUUAUUCUCUGUACUAAGACAGAAUCUGUUUCUGACCCAUUUAUACAAAAAAGGAGAAUAAAAGCAAAAAGAAAGCUCACAAAACAAAACAAAAGACAGUUUGUAAUAACAAGAUGAGGAGUAUGUAUUACCACUUCCCAAUUCUUUCUCAGUUAUCAUCUCAACGCCCUGUUCUCCAGCAUAAGGAUGCUCACAAAUAUGAGAAUACCACCAACGGCAUUGCAAAAUGUUCACCAUGGGAAAAUGCAGCAUGGCCAGGAGGUGGUGACAAGAUAAAGCAGUGACAUAGGAGAUGAAGGGACACUAGCCCACUCAAGCAUGUGGCUCUGACAGACAUUGUCCUUCUCUCUCAUUCCCUCUGCCUUGCUAAAAGUCAUUAGAUUACAUUCCUAAAGUUAGCCACCAAGGCCUGUUCCUUUAUUCGUUCACUUCCUCCUCCCUGGCUGUCUACGAGGGUCCAGGUAGCACAGUAUCGAAGUCCAGCAAUCAAGAGCCAGCUUUGACUCGCCUAAUUAACAUGCCCAAUUAAAAUUAAACACCUUGUUGUAACACAGGGUUUCCCGUUUCACUUUUAGAAACCACCAUUUGCCUAUGUGCCGCAUCUGUCUCUUCUCUCUCCUGAGACAGUCCUUUGUCCCUCUGGGACAGUUUCUCUUUCCCCUUCCCUGUGUCCCCUUCCCCUUCUCCCUUGUCCCCUAUCUCCCUUACGGCAGCAUCCUAGCCCAUUCCAACACAGGCCUCCCCUUUCUCUACUCUUAAAAAUUACAUCUGCAAGGUCAUUUUUUGCUGUUUUUUUGCCUGAGUCAGAAAGCAUCUACUUUUACUCUCUCCGCCC